AUGGACUCUUCAUCAACACGGUACCUCACCAUGGAGGAGCUCAACAAGAUUGCCCUCGAGCAGUUUGUCUACCAACCUGUGGGUCGCGACAUGAUCGCCUAUCUUGCCGAAGCCGCCCACCACGUCAUUGCUUGCGACUCGACCCUCAUGCCUCCCGCUCCCGUCGACCCCCGACAUAACCUCCCGACUCCUCCCCGGAGCCCCGAGCCCCGGACCGUUCGAUCCGAAGAUGGUGGCCUUCCUACUCUUGAGGAGUUCAUCACUCAGCUCGUCGUCUCUUCCAACGUCCAGGUCCCCACUCUCAUGUCGACCCUCGUCUACCUUGGCCGCCUCAAGUCCAAGCUUCAGCCCAUGGCCCGCGGCCUGCGAUGUACCGCCCACCGAAUCUUCCUCGCUGCUCUCAUCCUCGCCGCCAAGUACCUCAACGACAGCUCGCCCAAGAACAAGCACUGGGCCAACUACAGCCACAUCACCACUGACUGCUACAACUUUGGCUUCAGCCGCACCGAGGUCAACCUCAUGGAGAAGCAGCUUCUCUUCCUUCUCGAGUGGGACCUGCGAAUUACUGAGGAGGACCUCUACCGCGACCUCGACGACUUCCUCGAGCCCCUCCGCCACAAGAUCGCCGAGCGACACGCCCGCAAGAUGCGACAUCGCGAGGAGAAGCGACGCCAGAAGGAGCUCUCUGCUGCCUGCGCCCGAUACCCCAGCCCUCCUUCUUCUCGAGGCCACUCCCGAUCUCGCGGUGCUACUCCCGAGCAGCACAUUCGCAACAUGAGCGGGUCCAUCUCUCCUCCUGGCCUCAGCUACAGCAGCUCUACCAGCUCCUACGCCUCCUCGGUCUCCUCUGGACGCGCUGCCUACUCGCAGGCUACAACCCCUCUCGAGCCUUCGGAGCCUGAGCCCUACUACUACUACGAGUCGCAGCAGGGCAGCCUCUACGACUCGCCUGUCCAGAUCGUCCCCGAUGUCGACUACCCCAAGGCCCACAUGGCCAGCAGCCGCAUGCUUCCCUACGAGAUCACUGCCGACGAGUACCACCAGCAGUACCAGAUGCAAGACGCCGCCUCCAAGAAGCAGCAGCAGCAGCGUCCCAAGCGAGGCAUGUGGGGUCGUCUCCUCGGUGGCAGCGUCGCUGUGCGAUGA